GGAAGCGCUGCGUGGGGGAGACUGUUCCAAGAUGGCGGCGGGUUGCUGCGGGGUGAAGAAGCAGAAACUGUCCAGUUCGCCCCCCUCUGGCUCGGGUGGCGGUGGUGGCGCCUCCUCCUCCCCCCACUGCAGCGGAGAGAGCCAGUGCCGAGCCGGGGAGCUGGGACUAGGAGGCGCCGGCACGCGGCUCAACGGUCUAGGAGGUCUAGCCGGAGGAGGUAGCGGCAGCGGCUGUACCCUCUCUCCCCCCCAGGGCUGCGGCGGCGGCGGCGGGGGAAUCUCCGUGUCGCCCCCUCCGAGCUGCGGAGUGGGCACCCUACUUUCUCCCCCGGCCGCCGCCACCUCACCCUCGCCUUCCUUGCCGUCCGCCGCCUCGUCCUCAUCGCCCGGCUCCCGGAAGAUGGUGGUGUCAGCGGAGAUGUGCUGCUUUUGCUUCGAUGUGCUCUACUGUCACCUGUACGGAUACCAGCAGCCCCGGACCCCCCGGUUCACCAACGAGCCCUACCCACUGUUUGUAACAUGGAAGAUUGGUCGAGACAAAAGAUUGCGUGGAUGCAUAGGUACUUUUUCUGCCAUGAAUUUGCAUUCAGGACUCAGGGAGUACACACUUACCAGUGCCCUUAAAGAUAGCCGUUUUCCCCCAAUGACAAGGGAUGAGCUGCCGCGGCUGUUCUGCUCAGUGUCUCUGCUCACUAACUUCGAAGACGUCUGUGAUUAUUUGGACUGGGAGGUGGGUGUACAUGGCAUUAGAAUAGAAUUCAUCAAUGAAAAAGGAUCAAAACGCACCGCCACCUACCUACCGGAGGUUGCAAAGGAGCAAGGAUGGGACCAUAUUCAGACCAUAGACUCCUUACUGAGGAAAGGAGGAUACAAAGCUCCGAUUACUAAUGAAUUCAGGAAAACCAUAAAACUGACCAGGUACCGUAGUGAAAAGAUGACCUUGAGCUAUGCUGAAUACCUUGCUCAUCGCCAGCAUCAUCAUUUCCAAAAUGGCAUUGGGCAUCCCCUUCCGCCAUACAACCAUUAUUCCUGACACUGAGCCACACAACCAGUCACUGGGCCUCUCUGCAGACCUCUUCCCAGGAGACCCUACCCCUUCUUGGUCUAGCUAUCUCUUUUACUGUACCAUUUUAUGAUGAUAGUUUCCGUUGCCAUGGUGAAGCUUCGACAUCGUCAGUUAAGAUCAUCAUGGUAACGGGGAAACUGAGCACAAGCUGAAUGAUAUUGUCUGCUGCAAGAAAAAAAAAAAAAGUAAAUAAAACAAGCAAACCGAAGAGAGACAAAAUAGACCAAUAUUGAUCCAUCUUAUCUAUCAUCUCAUCAGUUCAACAGGCUCCUCGUCCUGGGUGAGCUCAUGGUUAGAAGUUUUUUUGUUUUUAAAGAAAAGAUCUAUUCCAUACGUGUGUGUGUAUACUUACAGUACAUACAUAUGUGUGUGUUUAUGUAUUUAACGGUGCUAAUCAAUCUUGAGCAGGUCACGUGACUGGUCAUGCGGACUCUAAAAUCAUAUCAGAUUUUUUAAAAUUCUUGAUAUAUGCAGAUGUUAUACAGAUUUUCUUACCAGUGUAAUAAUGUUAUACUGAAGAAAUAACCAUCCUGCAGGCUUCAGAGGACGAGGUCAGCAAUAUUUCCCACCGUGGCUUGGGGGAAAAGGAUAGUUUUGUCUCCUUUUGUGUUCAAAUUAAUGCACAGUGCAUUUUUGUGUCUAAGUAGCUGUUGACUAAAAGACUUUGUAGUGUAAAGGGUGUUAUACAAACUUGUAAUGGUGUGCUUCAAACAAAUGCUAGACCCUUUCACCUUUGUCGUACAUUACAAAGCUGUUAAAUAUGUAGUUUGAAUUAACUUUGAACAUGUUGAAAUAUGUAGCAUGUGUUUUUAACUCAGACGAAGAUUCUGACUGCACAGGUUGUGUUCUAGCCAGUUGUGGUUUAUUUGUGCAGAAACACAAAUGUGAAUUGCACUCUUGUCACCAGAAUAUUGUGUAAGUUCAGUGAUCUCUAAACAGCUCAGAAGUAAUACUUGAACUUCAUUUGAGUAGCACAAAGUUUACAUAGCCCCCCUUUUAAAUGUUAAUUAGUUCCAUGUAUGUUUUCCGUUUUCAGAUGCAACUGGGUAUUUUUUUCCUCUUGGAAAAUAGUACUUAUUUUACUUUGGUAUGUAGCAAAAGGCUUCCAUUUCUGGAAGGGUUUUCUUGUUCUUAAACAAGGUCAGCCAGGUACCAGAUUCUAGAAGAACAAUUGCCCCCCCCCCCCCAAUUAAGUGGCCUUCUGACUGCACGAUAAAAUGUGCUACUGCCCUGCCUGCUUCAGUCUCCGGUGUGAUUGAUGGAGGGAAGUGCAAGGCUUGCUCUUUACCCCCC